AGUGCUACAGCAGGAAACAAAACCAAAAGGUUACUGAAGCGUUAUAAACAAAUCGCUCGCGCACUCAACAGCAUCAUCAUCAUUAUGUUAGUUCUAAUCGCCACUUCAGCUUCUGCAGAAAUAAUGGCACUCUAACGUGCAUUUCAACGAGAACGAGAAGUAAGUAACACGAACUGACCUUUCCCACUUUUCCCGGGUUCACCGGUCACCUGUCCCUGAUGGCUGAGGGCGCGCGCACUCUGCCCCCGUUCCGGCGCUUCACCUACGCGGUGGGGCACGUGCUCAACGACCUGUGCGCCUCCAUGUGGUUCACCUACCUGCUGCUCUACUACCAGUCGGUGCUCAGUUUCCGGGACUCCAACGCCGGGCUGCUGCUGCUGUUCGGUCAGAUCGCAGACGGAAUCGCCACGCCGCUGGUCGGCUACGAGUCGGAUCGGACACGAGGAAUCGGUUCGUACGGGAAACGCAAGUCAUGGCAUUUAAUCGGAACCAUCUGCGUGCUGCUGUCUUUCCCGUUCAUCUUUAACCCGUGUGUGGGAUGCAGCAAGGUUUUGCCACAGUGGGUGGGCCUCACCUACUUCACCCCUUUCAUCAUCAUCUUCCAGUUUGGCUGGGCCUCCACUCAGAUCUCCCACCUGUCGCUCAUCCCGGAGCUAGUGACCUGCGAACACGCCAAGGUGGAGCUCACAGCGUACAGGUACGCGUUCACGGUUCUGUCCAAUAUCACCGUAUAUGCAGUGGCCUGGCUGCUGUUCCACUUCCAGCACUCGGCCGAUCCGUCCAUCGCUGAGCAUCUGAGUCACCAGGACGUCCCCGUGUUCAGGGACUUGGCACUGAUCGUUCUGGGCAUCGGGGCUGUUUUCUCGCUCAUCUUCCACCUGUGGACACGAGAGCAAACACGGGACGAGGAGAGACGACCUCUGCUGUCUGACUCCAGCCUGAGCUCAAGGCCGCUGCUGCAGUGGAAACAUUGGCUCCACGAACCGUCCUUCUACCAGGUAGCUGCUCUGUACAUGUGCACUCGUCUGAUUGUCAACCUCUCUCAGACCUACAUCUCCAUGUACCUCAUCAACUCUUUACUCCUGCCGAAGAACUACAUCGCCACCAUCCCUCUGGUGCUGUACGUUAGCGGUUUUGUGUCCUCUCUGGCCAUGAAGCCAGUCAGUAAACGCCUCGGAGUUAGCAUGACGUAUUUUGUGGGACUGGUGCCCAUCGUGGCGUUCGGCAUUUGGGUUCUGCUGGAUUUGAAGAUGGGCGUUCGCGUGUACGGAGCGGCUGUGCUGCUGGGAGCCGGGUCAGCCGUCAUUCUGGUCAUGUCGCUGUCCAUGACCGCCAAUCUCAUCGGAGAUCAGACGCAAAGUGGCGCGUUCGUGUACGGAGCCAUGAGCUUCACAGACAAGGUGGCCAAUGGUCUCGGCGUGAUGAUCAUCCAGAGCCUGUACCCCUGUCAAACACUGCUUUGCUGCUCUGACUGCGUCUGGUUCUAUCGUCGUAUCAUGGUUGCCGUAACAGGGGGCGUCGGCCUCGUCGCCGCGCUCAGCCUCUUUAGUCUGCUCAUUUGGCCAAUCAAGAUCCGUCGAAGUUGAGAACGCUUUACGCCGACAAUCUCAGUGAACAGGUUUGUGGAUGAACGCAGGAGAACAUUGAGAACAAAACCAGCAGAGUGGACAAGGAAAGUGAUCGAGGUCAAAGCGGUGAUUUUGUGUCCCCUCAGGUCACACGUUUACACGAUGAAUCUGAGAGCUACAGCAUGAGAAAGCAGAGCUGUCUAUGCUUCACAUGGAAACUUCUCCGUCGUGGUCAAGCGUCACAUGACCACAGCGGUGCAAAUCGUCUUCUUAGUUCCCUCUUUUCUGUGACCUUGAGGUUUUUAAUAGCAACAUCGUCUUUUCUGACAAGGGACAGUCCCGGAGAUACGAAGAAUAAGAUGAAUUCUAUUUAAUGUCUAUAUUUAGAAAUAUUAUAUGUUAAUAUUGUGUUAAUGUGUGUUUAAACGGCAUGAUUUGCAGAGACAGAGAGAGAGAGAGAGAGAGAGAGAGAAGAGCUCCUGACUUCUUUUUAAAGAUGCCAACAAAAUUGAAAUAGUACUUUUUAUUUUAUACCUGAGCGAUGGUGCGUUCUCAAAUCUGAUUGGUCGGAAGGUGUUGAUUAACUUUCUGUACCAGCAGCUUCAAGUAAAAUUACAGCUCAUUCACAGCGACUCGUAGGCCAAGGCGAGAAGUCAGGAGAUGUUUAUUUCAUCAUUUACGGAAGGAAACUCCAGCGUCAGUGCUUCAUGGGUCAGAGAUAAAGCUUCAGGCCGGAGGAUGUUGCGGUUUGCUUUUUCUCAGUAACAUGUCUGAUUUGUUUGCUUUCUUUUUUGUUUGAAAUACGUGAUAAUGGGGAAGUGACACAACAUUAAAUGAAACUAAAACCAGAUAAAAAGUAUGAUAAGCAAAAAAGUAAAGAUAGGACUUGUCAGAAUGCGGUGGUAGGAGAGGAACCAAACACUUCAGGAUGUGCUGCUGUUAUCAUAAAGUUCUCCAUUUUGAAACGAAGUCGAGAUUGUAUAACACAGCAAGAAGCAGUCUGACAUCAUCAGCAUCGCUUACAUCGCAAAACAAAGCUGACGAAAAGCUGCACCUCUCUCUCUCUCUCUCUCUCUUUCUCAGUUCACCCUGAUUCCCCUGUUGUUCUCGUAUUAUAAAUCCUGACCUGAUUUCUUUCCCCAGUUCCACAUACACUACAAUAGCUCUGUUUGUAAGAACCACUCAGAUUAAUCCAAAUCCCACAUUUCAUCCAUUUCAUAACAGCAGUGUUUGAGGUUAAUCUAAUUAUUCUAAAGCUUGUGGAUGGACCUACUUAGGAACGGCGUCCGAUAACGUUUUUAGUGCUUUGUCUUCUGUAACAUUUUUUUUAUUCAACUGUAUAAAGGGAAUAAAAAGCACUUGAGCUGAA